AUGCGGGCGCGGGGCGAGGUGCCGCGGGAGACGACGCUGCUCGCGGCGGUGAAUCCGAUGCUCGGCGCGUCCGAGGCGGUGCGGAUGCUGCGAAAGAGGGAAUGCGGCGCGGAUGGAUUCAUCUCGCAGCCGGCGCUGUUGCAAAAUCGGUUCGAGGCGUGGCGGGAGGCGUGCGAAAGAAGCGGCGCGUUGGACGGCUUGGACGGCGGCGGCGACGGCGCGCUCGCGGGAUUGUUUCUGGGCGUGUCCACCGCGAGAACGGCGAAGAGUUUGGAGUUUUGGUAUAAACUGACCGGCGUCGACGUCGAGGACGCCGAUGCGCGCGCGCUUCGCGAUGAGUACGUCGAACGCGCGCGGACGAUGACGCGGGAACGAUUCGACGACUGGACGUUUGAACGCGUCGAGCUCGCCGCGGUGCACGCCAUCUCCUUCGCUCGCGCCUCGGGGUUACACGUCAUGCCCGUGACCGCGGGUGGGUACGAGCACGCCGCGCGACUCGCGCGCGACGUUUUACCGGCGUUUAGGCAAACAUCGUAG